CUGAUGCGCGCCCUUGUAUAAAAUGCGUGGCCGGGUCAAGCUGGGCCAUCAUUGAACGGUUGGACAUCGAGGGCUUAAGCACGACCAACGUGAAGAUGAAUUUGUCAGUCGCAUUGUUGGCGCUCGUCGCCGUCUGUUGCUCCUGUGGACCAGCAACAGCAGACAUCUCGUUGAAGCAAUCGCCUCGCUUCGAAGAGAGCAGCUAUGGAAAUUCGCGUUAUCAGAUCUUUGAGGUGCACAAUCAUUAUGAGGGCAAAAACAAUGCCUACUUGCCGCCAGCACAAACGCAGACCACGCACGAAGAGAUACACAUUCAUCAGCAGCCACAGCAGCAGCAACAGUUGCUGACAACAGCCACAGCGACGGCAACAACAGCUGUUGAUGAUGAGGAUGAUGUGUCGUUUUUGAGUUUUGCCGAUGCCGGACACUUGCAUGUGCCAGCAACAGUUGCCAGCGUGCCACAGCAGCAGCACCAGCAGCAACACCAACAGCAACAGCAGCAACCAUUGCCUGUGUCGGUGCCUGUGCCUUUCCCUUCGAACUAUCAGCAUGAUUUCCAACGCAAGCAACCGUUGCGCCUGCAACCAGCUGUCUCUUACCGAGCAGCCGGCUAUUUGCCGCCCACAGUUGCCACGCCCAGUGCACAGCAGCAACAGAUUUAUCAAACUGCUGUUAGCUCCAGUUUGAGUUCGACUGCACCACAGCAAUUCACACAGCAGGCACAAAGCUAUCAGGCACCUGGCUACUUGCCACCCACCGGCAGCAACAUCGAGCAGCAACAGCAACAGGUGCAGCAGGUGCAACAGCAACAGGUACAUGUGCAACACCAACAACAACAACAACAGGUGCAAUUGCAACAGCAGCAGCAACAGCAGCAACAACUCAUCAGCAAGCCUGCCUACAGAGGCAACGACUAUUUGCCGCCAACAACCAGCAGCACAACAACAGCAACCAGCGCCACAGCAACAGCUGCAGCCAUUCCCAGCUACGCACAACAGCAGCAGCAACAACAACAGUCGCAAGUCUAUCGCGCUCCUCCCUAUUUGCCACCCAGCAGCAACAACAUCGGUAGCAGCAGCAACAGCAUUGUGACCAGCAGCAGCAGCAGCGCCAGCAGCCACAACAUUGUCAGCGGCAGCAGCAGCUCAAGUCAGUCGGGUUAUCAGGCACCUGGUUACUUGCCACCUGGCUAUGAAUUUGGCAAUGCCGAGCCUCAAGCUGUGCAGCAGCAACCACAACAACAGGUACAACAGCAACCACAACAAGUGCAAGCAACAGCCACGGCAACAGCAACCGAGUAUCAGGCGCCUGGUUAUCUGCCACCUGGCUACGAGUUUGCCAAUCCCGAUCAGCUGCCAUUGGCGCCUGUGCAGACGAUUGCUGCCGUGCAGCAGCAGCAGCCAGCAGUUGGCGAAUAUCGUGCACCAGAUUAUUUGCCACCCAGCUACGAAGAGGUCAAGCAGCAACCACAGCCACAACAACAGCAGCCACAGAUUGUGUAUCAGCAGCAGCCACAGCAAGUGCAGCAGCAACAGGUCGCAGUACAGCAGCAACAAGUGCAAGUACAACAGCAACAAGUGCAAGUACAACAGCAACAAGUACAGCAACAACAAGUGCAAGUACAGCAAGUGCAACAGCAACAAGUCCAGGUACAGCAGCAACAAGUGCAAGUGCAACAGCAACAAGUCCAGGUACAGCAGCAACAAGUGCAACAGGUGCAACAGCAACCACAGAUCACUCAUCCUGGCGCAUUGCCCGAAGGUUACGAGUUCACCAAGCCCGAAAACUUUGAGGCCGCCAUUGCCGAGCUGCACAGCCUGCAAACGCAAACGAAAUUGCUGAAACAGCAGCAGCAACAGCAGCAAUUGCAGCUGCAGCAGCAGCAACAACAGUUGCAACUGCAGCAGCAGCAGCAGCGUCAACAACAGCAGCAACCACGACAUGUUGGUCCCGUGCAAGGCAGCAACAUUAUCUACGGCGCACCCAAACAGCAGCAGCAACCAACAACCGCCACGCUGACAACCACAGCGCCUGUUGCACGUCCCAUUGCGGUUGCUGCCCCCGUCCCCGCCCCCGUGGCUGCUCCAUUGCCAGCGCCACCGACAACACAACACACACACAUACACACGCUGCGCAGCUACAUGAACACGGUGCAGCCAUUGGCACGCUACGGCCAGCCACAACAGCCACAGCAGCAGCCACGUGUGGUGGUGGCACAGCAGCAACCACAAAUCGUUGAAGUUGCGCCCAUGUAUCGCGAGCAAUCGAAGCGACCACGUUUCUAUGCGCCAGCCAUGUCUUAUGCACGCAAUGCGUUGCCCACGCAAUACCAUCAGCAUCAUCACAUCCAUCACGUGCAACAGCAACAGCAGCAACAUCGUCAAGUGCAGCAGCAACAGCAAGUGCAACAUCAAGUGCAGCAGCAACGCGCUACGCUCAACUUCCAGGCGCAGCAAUCGCUGCAAAAGUUCAUGCCACGCGAAAUGCAAAUGGCCGUCAAUGUGGCUGUUGCUGCCGCAGCGCCUGUGCCACGUGGCAGCUCUCGAGUGCGAACCGUGCAAAUCGUGAAGCCGCAUGCAGUGCGUACGUUCAAGGUGCUCGAAACUUUGGAUGCUGCUGGCGUGAAGACAAUCAAAAUCUUGGGCACCAGCAACGAGCAGCCAAGGGGUCAACAUCACAUUGUCAAGGUGGUGACACAGGAUUCCCACAACGGUGUCGAGAAUCAUGUGCAGACCGUCAAGAUCUACGACGAUCAGCAGGAGUAUGUGCCACCGCCACCAACAACUCCAAUAACGACGUCGACGACGACACGCGGCGGCUACUUGCCACCAACGGUGGCACGUCCACGAGCGCGCAUCGUGCGUGAGGCAAGCAAAGUGCGAACGCUGCGUUUGCUGCCUGUGCCCAGGCAUUAAAUUUAAAUUUAGCACUGAUUAGAGUUUAACGCAACAGCAACAACCAC